AUGAGAGGUGCCACGCAGGGAUCUUCAAGGUACAUCUCGGCACCGAGCUACGCUCAGAAUCGCUGGCAUCAGCAUCCGCACACAGAGGCAAUGUCUUCCUCCUACAGGAGACCGCUCGCGCCGAAGCCAGCAACGCAACCCUCAACAACGCAGUGGCAGACAAAUCCAACCCCUCCCAUCUCCCCGUCACAACUCAUGAACGUUCCUCAGCAGGCGACGCCGUCAACGCCGAUUUCACAUACCAUACCUGCAACAAAACCAAGCAAUGGUACCAGCCUCUCUGCGAAAUGUAGCACAGCGCCAGGAUCCGGCCUCGUAUCGAAUGUGCUUCCACCCAUCAUUGGGCACAAUUCAGAACUGAAUGCCGCGAGUGCUAUAAAAUCGCGAGUAGAGUUUGCGUCAUUCGCAGACAUCAGGCAUGACAUUCAAAUGAGCAAUGUGCAAGCAUCGCUGCAAAGCGUCAUGAGAAAGGAUCUGGGGGAUAUGAAAGAAUUGCUGAAAGACACCACGUGGCAGUGCCGCCUCGAGACUAAGGCGGCACUUCAUCAAUACUACAUUACUCAUGUCGGACAAAACCUGAUAACAUUGUGCGUGGUCCAUUGGCAAGCGCUGAUCGCGCUGUACUGUACUCCUUUGCUUGAACACCACGACUUCAGCCUCGUAGCACCCCUCGGCAAGCCCGGCACAGAGAAGACUUGCGCCCAAUUCCCAAUCUCGAAGAUGCGUGGAUUGAAUGUCUGGGAGAUUUCGGCCGAUACCGCAUACUUGUUUUGA